UGAUAAUAUAUCUGUGGCAGAACAGUAUUAGCUUUAUUUAAUAUAACUUUGUCAGUUUUUGUGAAAUUUUUGCUGCAUAUAUGUUACUUUGAUUUUUUUUCUUAAAGAAUCGUUUAAUCUUGUCUAUUAAUAGUGAAAUGGUGACUUAACGUAUGACUUUUCAGUCUCACUUUUACCAGACAUCAGUGUAUAUUACCAGAAAUUAACAUUGAAAUUUCAUAUAGUUUAACUAAUAUAAACCAGAGUUAGUAACAGUCUCGGCUCUGGAUCUAAUUACUACCAGUCAUCACUGAAAAUGAGGACAUUGUAAGCUAACUAUAAGUUAUCAUCCUAUUUUGAUUUCAUAGCCCAGUGUUUCUUUGAUCACUUAUAUUAUUGUUCCAGUUUUUGUCGUAAGCUUAUCACAUUUAAUGGUUUAGAGUAACUUGUGAGGAUUGAUCACUUUGUCCAUUUUUAUCCAUGCAUACUCAAUGCUUUAUUCCUUCAAUUUCAGUAGAAUUGUUUCCUUAUCCACUCAACUUACUGUUACAAUAGAGUGAGACCAUUCAUAAUUUUGUAAACAUGGUGAGCGACAAUAUCAACAAUUUUAGGAAACAUUACUCCACACUCCAUAAGAGUUUUGUCUAACAUAAAAAUAGGUCUUGAAAUAUUUAAGUAAUUUGUCCAUGGUCGUUAUAUUAAUUCGUACCAGUAGCAUGGAUUGGUAGCUAAUAACGCUUCGGCAUUCGAACAAAAUUUUCCUAUAAAAGAUAUCUUCGCUAAAAUACCUUUUAUUUGGUAUAUCGCAGUUGGUGUUUUCCGCUUACCUAUUUUAUUCCCACCGACUUUGGAUCGGCACUAACCUUUGAAGAGGUACAGACGAAUAAAUUAAUAUAUUUGUAAUAUCCCAGUGAGUAGAAAAAAUAAAUUUCUGACGUUUGGUGACUUGGUGUGAGCCACUUCUUCAGAGAAUAAAUAACCAAAUCAAAAUUAAUCCAAGUUUAAAUAGUAUAAAUCGAACAACAAGAAUAUUAUGUGAUCAAUCAAACGACAGGGCUGAAGAAAUCAAUGUUAUGUCGUUUCGGUCAAUGUGAUUCAUAAGCGACAUGUAUGUAAAUUUGUGUAUGUGUAUGUUUGCACUGUUAAGGAUGAAAAAUGUGUGACCUCUAUGGUGAGAAAGGAUAGAGUUUAAUUUGUAAGGUAAUAGUGUAAAUUGUGAAUAAUAUCAGACUAGGUGGCUAGAAUAGGUCGUCCAAGUAUGACGUAUAGUAAGGCAUUCUUUUCUAUUGAGAGCAGUAAGAUUAAGUAUUAUAUAGAAAGCUUCAGCUACUCUCCUUUCCUUGUAAUUGAAAAAACCUUUUUGUGGUAUUUUGAUAUUUUUGAAAUCGAUUUGGUGGUCGAUGAAAAUUGCGUGGACUGAUUUUGCCAAUAUAAUUUGGAGUUUAUCCAGUUCUAUGGGAUUAUCAGGUUUCUUUGUGUACCUAAUAUGUUCUUUGGCUCGAGUCAAGAUUUCGCGAGAUAUCUUCCCAAUAUAGAAGGUAUCACAAUCGACAAAUCCAAAUUUAUAUACACAGUUCUGCAUUGACAUGAAGGGGAAUUUUUUCUUUUAAGUGAACUAAAGUAUUUUGAAGUGUCUUCGUUGUUUUGUAAUAUACUUUAAUUCUGUGUUGUUUUAAGAUUGUUUGAAGUUCUUCUGUUGUGCCAUGACAGUAUAGUCAAACUGCAGUACCAAUCCAUGGUAUUUCAUUCGAAUUACUAUUAUUACGCAAUGAAACGUCUUGUUUUAAUAUACUUCUAAUAAUCUUCAUAAAAAAUUUAUUAAAUUGGAAGAUGCUAAUUACAUUCUUUAGUUCCUUUUGUUCAUCUUCUUCCGAUGUGAUAAUCUUGUUAGCUCUUGUAAAAAGAUUUAGGGCUAGCGAGAUCUUUGCACUGAAUGGGUGUGCUGAAUUAAAAUCAAUAUAACGAUUAGAGUGUGUAGGUUUUCGGUAGAUGGAUAGAUUUAAAAUUCCAUUUAGAUUUCUUUUCACUAAGCAAUCUAAAAUGGUAGCUCACCAUGUUCACUUUUAUUCUCGUUAGUAAAUUUGAUGUGCGAUUAAAGUGUAUUGAUCUGUUUUGAAAAGGAUCUUAGAUGCUCAAUUUAUUCGAAAUUAUCAAGUCAAACCUUGGUAAUGAUACCUAACUACAGAUGAAGCUACACGCAUACUUACAUUGAUAAAAAUGUUUUCAUUUCUUUAUAACAUUUAAAUAUUUAUUGAAUUUGAUAAAUGGCAUUUAUGUCAAUAUGUUUUUUCUCCGCCUUCAAUGCAUAAGAUGAUUAUGCGAAUAUUUUGGAAUCUGAAACUUUUUUUUCUCUGGUGAUAGUGUAACAAUAACCGUAUGGAAUAUUUCUGUGAUUUCUGUUUAUCAUAAAAGUUCAGUAUUUUAUUCGAUCAAUAAAAAUAGAAUUGAUUAGUUAGUUUUAUCACGCUCUCAACUAAUUAGAUAUUUAUUUAGUAUAGGGAUGGUUUUUCACAUAUUAUGAUUACUUUUACAAUCGAUUGAUCUGAAUUAAUAGUUUUAUUUAUUUGAUUAUGGUACGUGUAUCCACCAUCUUGUAAACCGACUUUUCAGUGCAUUGAUGUUAUUUUACCAUUUUGUCGUUGACAGCGAUCAUCUUAUUGAACAAAGAAGAAACAGCAGUUCAUCUGUUUAUCAUUUUCUAUUAUUACCAAUGGUCAAUAUUGAUAAUUUAUGGUUAGAGGGGAUGAAUUUUAACAAAUCUACUACAUCAAUGAAACCAUUUUCAAUUAUUAGAAAUUUAUUACAUUUGAAUUUAAUCUACAUUUUUAUUCCACCGACAAUUAUGUCAAGUGAAAAUAGUCAACUUCCAGAGGUAUUAGCAUUACAUAUAAAAUAUUUAUUAGAUAAUGUUUUGAUACAAACCAAUCAUCUUAUGAAACUUGUACGAAAAUACGAUAAUCCUGCAAAUUUGUCUCCUGGUCAGUACAAUCAAAUCUCGAAAAUUAUAGAUAAACCAUUGUCUGUAUCUAGUAUGUACGAUGUAACUGUUACAGUGCUUACACUCGAUGAUUCUGUUUCACAAUUAGUAGAAGAAUCUAAUGAAAUAUCGGUUUGGACUAAUGAAAUGUUGAUAAAUCCUAUACCAUGGUUAAAAGCACACGUAGGAUCAGCUUUUAAAAAUUGGUCGCCUUUUGUUCAAGUCGAUUUCUAUUCACAGAGACUUUAUGGAGUUAGUGCUGAACUGUUGAAAAAAAGUCAAUUGUCAAAAACCGGAAACUAUACAUUUUAUUCUCAAGGUGAUAUAUCCAAUCUGAUUAAUUAUUUAGAAUCAUUUUUGGGACCUCCUCAAACAGCGUAUGCAGAUAAUCUCGAUGUGGCUCGUUCUAAUCCAGGUCUACAUCUUUUUUUGUUAUUAAAUACUUUUAAAAGAAAUAAUUCACAUGGAGUUGACUGUCCCUUACCUUUAAGAUUUCAUAUAUCAUCAUAUUCAUCUGUAGUAAUAACCGACUAUGCACUUGUACCUCAAUGGGGUGGUCUACUUUCUAUUGAUGCUUCUGAUUGUAUGACAAGGACUGGAUCAACCAAGAUGAUUGCACAAAAAAUUAUUUAUGUGAUACGUUCAAUACUAGGUUUUCCACAAAUCGAAGAAAUGUAUUUUGAUCGGGAUGAGGAUAAUAGUCACACCUAUCAUAUUCAGUCUAACAUGGACUUAAAUGGUCAAACAACGAAUUGGGAGCUUAACUUGUGGUUUCUUCGACGAACUAUUGAAUGUCUUACUGAGACUAAACGAACUAUUGAAUCAUUAAUAAACAUACUACAACGCCUUCCAAACAUGAUUAUACGAGAUGAUGUUGCUCAUGAAGUAUAUCAUUCAUGUUCGAAUUGGUCAUUAGCUCUUGAUAAUCUCAAAAAACCAGAUGAAAUAAACAAUUCAGCGUCGUCACACAACGAGAUUAUGUGCUCCUUUGGUGUUACAUUCCAAUAUGCACAUAAUGCUUUAAUUUCUUCAAAUGGCGCGUUUUUCGACCACAGCCUGCUUGGUCUUUUAUAUUUCGAGGAUGACCAAAAAUAUGGUAUUUAUACGCCGCUUUUCGUACCAAUUGGUUUCGCCUUAUUCCUGUCAACGUAUCGAACAUUUAAACUAGUAUUCCGUCACAAAAACUAAUAGGAAACAUUUUUUAUUUUAUAAUAUUUGUUCGUACCGGUAAAAAUAAAGUAUCUAUACAACU